CAACUGUCAAAAGAUUUGACAGAAGAACUGACAAAACCUAAAGUCAGCCGACUGAUUAAUGUAGGUAAAUGGUUAGGUUUGACUUCUUUUUUUACAAAAUGUGCUUAGUUUUAUAAAGCUUAGUAAUAAAAUACAUAUUACACAACAAUUUUUAAUAACCCUCUGAGUUCUGACUUAUACAGUAUAGGAAUCUGAAGUCCGCCAUGUGAUAUUAGAAUACAGUGUGCUUACAUUAUUAAAUAACAUAUAAAAUCAAAUUUGGAAUAUCUUUUAAGAGUUACGUGUUUGGCAUUAUCGUAUAUUUCUAAAAUAAGUAGUAGAAGCUUAUUUCGCAAUGUCACCGAAAACGGAUGUAGUUAAAACGAACAUGGUGAGAGUGUAUGAUUUAAAUGAAUAUGAAAAGUUGCUUAGAGGCAUAAGGGUGGCUGCUUGUAUGAUAACUGAAUCACAUCAAAUUGUGGAUGAAGCCAGUGUAUUAAAACGUCUAAACACUUUGACAAUCAAUGGUGCUACAGAUGGCAACUGCUGCUCAUGUUGUGGAAUUGGCCCAUUUACGUCUAGAUCCCAGCAAACCGCCCAUUAUAAACACCACUGGCACACCCAUAACUUGAAAAGGAAACUCUUUGGAAAAGCUGCUCUGACUUUAGGACAGUUUAGUUCUAGAAAUGAUGAUGAGUGUAGUGAUUCAGGAACUGAUUCCGAGACGGAGAGCGGCAGCAGCAAUAAUCCUGCAAGCAACUUAUUUGCGGCUGCCACUAGGCAUUGUAAGGCGUUCUUUACCAAUUACAAGGGCAAGGUUUUCUGUGUAUACAGGUGUAUAUUACAUCAUAAGAAGGAGGAGCUGUCAACAGAUGGAGGUGAUGCGUGGGUUGAGCGUUGCCAACGUCUCGCGAUCGGUGGCUAUCAACGCUGGGCGAUCUUGAUGGUUUCCGGUGGCCACUUUGCUGGGGCCAUCUUCUCCGGAGGAGUUCCUGUUGUUCAUAAGACCCAUCAUUCGUAUGUGACUCGGAGGGGACAAGGCCAGGCUCAAGUUAAUAGAGAUCAGCACGGCAAUGCCCCAAGGUCUUCUGGUGCAAGUUUAAGGAGGUACAAUCAGGCGCAAUUUUUACAACAUGUCCAAGACAUUAUGGCCAGUUGGAUAGAAGACCUGAGGGGUUGUUACCUAAUACUCUACCGCGCUUCCGGCUCGCUUAACCAAUCUGCUUUAUUCGGCAAGAAUUCCCCAUUGACCCGGGAGGACCCUCGUGUGAGGGCGCUACCUUUUCCAACCCGUAAACCUACUUAUAAAGAAGUGAAGAGGGUCCAUGAAACAGUUGCCAGCGUGGAGGUGUACGAUACCAUGGAGCUAUUCCAAAAAGCAUUGAUCGCUUCGACCAGCAAGCCAGCUACUAAAACGGGCUCUGAAACGUGCAUUGAUCGUAACAAGAAAACGCAGAAGGGUCAGAGCAAACCGAUCGAUAGAGCUAAAUCAAGGGAACGCACACCCCGUGAACUCCCCACGCAAAUCGUAUCAAGCGAAGACGAAGGACCUUGUUUCAUUGACUCUGAGACUCCAGUGGGUUGGAUAAAGACCCUUUCAGAGCAAAGCACCAACGGGGUGAUCACUGACUCUCGAAAAGACCUCCUAAAUGACUGCGCGAUUGACAACUCCUCCGAUAGUGAGCAGACUAACGUGGCUGUGAAAAAAGAAAAUAAUGUAAAAGUGCAAAAGAAAAAGAAGGUAGAAGUUAAACAGACGGUCAAGAAGCCGCCGUUGAAAAUAUCAGCGAAUGUUAAACAGAUGUGGAAAAUAAUAUCGGGCAAGGAUCUAAACUCCUUGGAGACUAUACUGGAAGAUUUCGAGGCAGCUGAACUCGAAGCGGCUUGCAACACUCAAGACCCAGUGGAUGGCAACACCGCACUGCACAAAGCGGCUAUUGCGGAGAAACCUGAAAUGGUGACUCAAAUCCUCACCGCCGGUGGUGACCCGUGCAUACGUAACCACGCGCUUCAAACUCCAUACGCCGCAUCUCCCCACCAGGACACGCGUAUUGCCUUCCGUUUGUUUCAGGCUCAGUUUCCGGAUAAAUACAAUUACAAUAAGUCUCACAUCCCCGGCCCUGUCACACCGGAACAGCUUGAGCAAGAGAAAGAGCGGAAAGCGCAGCAGAAGAAAGCAAAGAGACAGCGGGACAAGGAAAAACAAGCUGAGAAGAACAAGAUAAAUAAUUUCCUGAACAUGACUGAUGUUCAGAAGGUAAGAGCUGAUCUCAUAAUGAGAUGCUUCCUAUGCGGGUCGAAGCUCCCAAGGCCUCCGUUUGAGUACAACAACUAUUCAUUUUGCUCCAUCAAGUGUUUACAGAACCAUCGGAAUUUACGACCUUUGCAUAAUAGCGCGUAAAAAAAAAAGUUUUUUUUAGUUCAUUUUAUUAACCCCCGACGCAAAACGACGAGUUGUUAUGAUUUUGAGGUGUCUGUGCGUGAGUCUGUUUGUGGCAUGGUGUUUCCAGAACGGUGGAAUCGAUUUUGGUUUUGUUUUAUUUGUUACAAUGGUGAAUUGGUCGAAACUGUCCUAAGAUGCAAAUCGGUCCAAGAUGGCGGAUAAUAUAUUGUUUUACAACUGUCAAAAUAUGGGUAUCAAUUUAAAGAGCUUAACUAGUACGAUACUGUGCACUGUGACAAAUUUCAAAUCCAAGAUGGCCGCCACCGUAAAAUAGCAAAUUACUAUUGUUUUCUCAACUUCCUCAAUAUGUGAAUCAAACAUAAGGGCCUGUAGAAUAAUGUACAAAUUCAAAUUCAAAAUUAUUUUAUUCAUGUAGACCUUAUUACAGGCACUUAUGAAGCGUUCA